AUGCUUGGAGGAACGUCACGUGGUCAACAAAGGAUGUUCACGUUUGACGAUGCCUCUGCCUUUAUGGAUUGGUUGUUGGGUCCCAAGCGUGACGUGCAUGCCUUGUACACGUUUUUGGCCCAUAACCUCAAGGGGUACGACUCGUACCCUAUCUUGGAGGAGUGUGUGAAACGAGGCAUCAAGCCCAAGUGCGUGUAUCAAGGAGGCAAGGUCAUUACCAUGACUUUGGAAGGGAUCGUGUUCAAGGAUUCGGUGUGUUUCAUUCUCAUGGCUCUACACAAAUUCCCUGCCACCUUUGGAACGUCAGGAGGCGACAAGGGUCAUUUUACUCAUUUUUUCAAUACUUUGGAAAAUACGCAGUACGAAGGACCUUACCCCGAUCCCGAGUAUUACGGAGUGGAUGACAUGGACGCACGCGAGAAAGAAAAGUUCAUGGAGUGGUGGCGAGAACAAGAAGGCAAGACGUUCAUCAUGAAGAAAGAAAUUGAAAAGUAUUGUAUUCAAGACGUGAUGGUCAUGGCCCGGGGAUGCUUGAAGUGUCGGGAGCUUUACGUGGACAAGUUCGACGUGGACCCCUUUGCCGAGUGUGUCACUAUUGCCUCGACCUGUUUGACGGUGUUCAAGAAGAACUUCUUGGAAUCUGAAGUCAUGGGCGUCGUGCCGCCCUUGGGCUAUCGUCAACGGGACAUUCAAUCGGUUCAAGCCCUGGAGUGGUUGCACUCGUUGGGCCUGCCUGAACUGCGUUGGGCCGGAAGCACGCUGGGCGAAAUUACCUUGCAAGGCAGUAAAGUCGAYGGGUACGAUCGUCAGACCAACACCGUGUAUCAAUUUCACGGCUGUUUCUAUCACGGGUGUGAAGUGUGUUUCAAGCGAGGUCAAGUCCACGCUCAUCUGGGAGUGACCAUGGGCGACUUGUUUGACAAGACGCGCGAGAGGACGUUAGAACUGCGUACCGCAGGGCAUCACGUCGUGGAAAUGUGGAGUUCACGUGUGGGAUGCGGAACGUGA